ACAACAAAAUGGCUACCAACCCGUGCUGCACUUGUAAGAUUGGACCUUCUAUCUUGAAUGCCGAUCUUUCGUGCUUAGCAGAUGAAUGUAAUAGGCUGUUAGAAUGCGGUGCAGACUACCUACACCUGGACGUCAUGGAUGGCCAUUUUGUACCCAAUUUAACUUUUGGUGCUCCAUUGGUGAAAUGCUUGAGAAAGAAAGUUCCAAAUGCCUUUUUUGAUAUGCAUAUGAUGGUUGCCAAUCCAGAGAAGUGGGUAGAUGACAUGGCAGAUGCUGGUGCCAAUCAAUACACUUUUCAUUUGGAAGCAACAGAAAAACCAGUUGACUUGAUAAAUCAAAUAAAGAAGGCUGGAAUGAAGGUUGGUAUUGGAAUCAAGCCUAACACACCAGUUGAAGCUGUCUUGCCAUUUGUGGAGCUGGUGGAUAUGGUUCUUGUGAUGACAGUGGAGCCUGGAUUUGGUGGACAAAAGUUCAUGGCAGACAUGAUGCCAAAGGUCAAACACUUAAGAACCAAUUACAGGGUUUUGGACAUUGAAGUUGAUGGAGGAUUAGGAAUUCCUACAAUUGAAGCUGCAGCUCAG